AUGGCUCCUAAAAAGAGUAAAACCACAAAAGCAUCAUUAAAAAAAGCUGGAACAAUGGCGGCUACUGCAGCUGCUGGUCAAGAAUUUUUAAAACAAGCAUGGGGUGAAGAUAAAUUAAAUCGAGUUAAUGCCUUACUUGAAGCACGCGAUAAAUCAGAUACAAAUGAUGAUAGUGAUACACCAAGUGCAUCGAGUCCAGCUGAUGCAGCAACAACUUCUUCAAGUGUUGUCAGUAAAACUAAAGCUAAACCAACACUAUCAAAAGCACGUACUAUGAAAAGUACAGCAAAAGUAUGUCAAACUAAAACAUUAAUUGGUACAGAAGUUCUUGGUGAUACACGUUCAGAAACUAAACGACGACAAGCAGCUGUUAAAGCUCAAAAGACUCUUCAAGAAGUAACUAAACCAACAAGUGGACGUAAACCAGCUAUUAAAAGACUUGGUACAAUGGCUAAUACAGCACGUGAAGGUAAAGCAUACAUUAAACGGACUGCUGGUAGUAAACAGAAAGGUAAAAGUACAACUGGACGAAAACGUACAGGUGGUCGAGUUAAAAAAUCUUCGAAAUAA